UCUCGCGCAUGCGUACAGACUUUGUUGAUGACAGCCUAUCUUUGACAGACGUCGCUAGUUUGUAUGAUCAGCCUCAAAGCUUCAAUUUACUCUUUUUUUGUACGUCCGAGAAUAAGACUGACAUCGCCUAACAUUUAAUAUUGCGCUAUGCUACAGUUCCUGGCAGGAUUCACCUUGGGCAACAUUGUGGGAAUGUACCUCGCUCAAAACUAUGAUGUUCCUAACAUAUCCAAAAGAAUUGAGACUUUCAAGAAAGAUGUGGAGGCCAAGAAGAAGCCACCAGAGUGAGCACCUUGGAUGAUGUUUCCGGCAAAAUAAUGCACUCUGCAGAUGAUGUAUUUAUUUACAGGGUUGUGGAACAAGUGUACAUUUUGUAUGGGGAUUAUUGACAGUGCCUGAAACAUAUUUACAUGUUUCAUUGUUACCUAUAUUUCUAUUAUGCUUACUGGGUUGAAAGUUACAUUGGAAAUCCAAUGUGUUAGCAUUUGGCCAAGCUUUUUUGACAAUUACCUGGUGUAAUUGCAAUACAAUUAGAACCUACUCACUAUAUACACUUAUGUAAUAUUGUAUGAUGCAAUAGAAACAUGAAUAAAUGCUACACAACA